GCUGAUAAGUGUUGGGCUCCACGCUGGGAAAGAGCUCAGAGUGGGAUUGAGUGUGCGGCAGGAGAACGGCGGACGAGAAGGAGGAGGAGGCAGCUUAAAGCGACAGUGGCAGCGCUCUCGAGCAAACGGCACCAGUAGAACCCCACGCAGGAGAAGCAGCAGCCGCCGAGCCAGGGCCGGUUCCAAGCUCUAGCCGCCAGCAGGACGCAGGGUCAGCCAAGCCACUGCUUGAGACACUGUUGCCCAAAGAGAAGAAAAAGCAGCCACAUUCCCGCAAUAAAGUAUACCGUUGGGGUCUGGCUGGGCUCCCUUCCCUUUUCCAGGACGGGGAAGGUGAACUUGCCUGAUUGGCCACCCCUCUGAAGCGACAAGUGCCUGCUUGGAUCACUCGAUCCCUUCUUUCCUGGGUCCCGAAGAAGCUGACGCUGUGGAGUUUAGGACACCUUUCUAGCCGCCGCCUACAAGCACACAGCGGGGAGUAAUUUAAGUUAUAAGAACUUUCACUUAAAAAAAAAAAAAAAUCUUCGGAGCGAGUCAGUGGCUGGACUGGGCUGUUCUUGAAAGCUGCUCCGGAAAGGAGGAAAAGGGGAGAGACCGCAAAACAAGUGUGUUUGAAAACUCGCUAACGCUCCGGCACAGCUCAGGACCCUCCCACGACGAGGAGGGAGGGCGAAAAGGGGGGGAAGGAGGACCUUAAAAAGUUGUUGGACUAGCGAACCUUCGCCCCCCUCUUCGGAGUGAUAAGGAAGCAGCCGCGAGGGGUGUAAGAAGCCGCGUUUAACUCUUGGGAUUCCUUGGCUCAGAGAGGGAAUUCGGCGCUUUGAAAGACAACUUUUUGUGGGUUGUUCUCCUAAGCUCACGACUUUGGAACUGCUGAUCACUCUGAGCCGCCUUAGGUGAAAAGCCGCUGCUUGUCAAAUCCAUCCCUUCUUAUCGGAGGUGCGAGGGAAACGGGGACAUACAAGCCAAUGCCUUGUGGCAAACAAGAGCACCAACCUGUGGACUGUAUUCUAUGAGUGCAAAGAUGGAACCUACAUUCUAUGAUGAUGCCAUCAAUACGACCUUUGUACAGCCAGAAAGUGGUACUUAUGGAUAUAACAACCCCAAGGUGCUGAAGCAGAGCAUGACUCUCAACCUGGCCGAUCCUUCCAGUAACCUCAAGCCCCACCUGAGGAACAAGAAUGCUGAUAUCCUGACCUCUCCAGAUGUGGGCCUCCUCAAGCUAGCCUCUCCUGAACUAGAAAGGUUGAUUAUCCAGUCUGGCAAUGGACUGAUCACCACUACUCCGACCCCAACCCAAUUCCUCUGCCCCAAAAACGUCACUGACGAGCAGGAAGGGUUUGCUGAAGGCUUUGUCAGGGCACUAGCAGAGCUGCACAAUCAAAACACCAUGCCUCCCAGUGUCACUUCUGCUGCCCAGCCUUCAAACACCGGCAUGGCCCCUGUCUCUUCUAUGGCUGGAAACAAUGGCUUCAGUGCCAACUUGCACAGCGAGCCUCCAGUCUAUGCUAAUCUCAGCAAUUUCAAUCCCAGCGCACUUAACACAGCACCUAACUAUAACACAAGCAACCUGGGCUAUCCUCCGCAACAUCAUCUAAACCCCCAGAUGCCAGUGCAGCAUCCACGCCUUCAAGCUCUGAAAGAAGAGCCUCAGACUGUCCCCGAAAUGCCUGGGGAGACUCCUCCUCUGUCGCCUAUUGACAUGGAGUCCCAGGAGAGGAUCAAGGCUGAGAGGAAGCGCAUGAGAAACCGAAUUGCGGCCUCCAAGUGCCGGAAAAGGAAGUUGGAACGGAUUGCCAGGUUGGAAGAAAAAGUGAAAACUUUGAAAGCCCAGAACUCAGAACUGGCAUCCACUGCCAACAUGCUGCGAGAGCAGGUUGCGCAGCUGAAGCAGAAGGUUAUGAAUCAUGUCAACAGUGGGUGCCAGCUAAUGCUCACACAGCAGUUGCAAACUUUUUGAAGAGACUGAAAAGUAACUGUGAUGAGGCAAAACUAAGCAAAAGAAGAGGAAUGUUGGGAGGUAGAAAGCUUCACUUGGGAGGGCGGGAAGAAAAGGCUGAAAGGCAUUGAUUCCAGAGAGUGCUCUCUUCCCCCAAAGCAUGUGUGGAGAGACUGGUGGCGUGCCUUUUGGCCUGAGGUGGUGGCAAACCAGUUGACAGUAUAGUUCUACAGCAGUGCUGUUCUGUUCAGAUGUGGCACGAAGACUUUGUGUUUUCUUUUUCUUUUUAACAUUGACCAAGACCUGCAUGGACCUAACAUUCAGUGAUCAUUCAGUAUUAAAGGUUAAACUGCAGUAGACACUGUAGAUUUGCUUUCUCUAGUACCCCUUUUAAAAAUGGGGAGGGAGUGUGUGGGAGGCUAACAACAGAAGCUGAAUUAUACUGCUGCCUUCAAGUCGAGUUGUGUAUGUACAUAUAUAUUUUUUAUUUUAUGACAGCUGAUUAAUGUCAAUAAAACUACUUCAUGGCUUUGUAAGUUAUUUUUAUGUUUGUUUGGGUUCUACCCAGUAUUGUCUGUAAAUAAGAGAUCUUUUUAGCAAUCUCAUGAUUUUUCCAUUUGUAAUAAAGUAUAUAAUUUUUUUAAUAUUCUGUUCUGAGCAGGAAAUGCAUAAAGGGGUUGAUAUAUUUUAAAAAAAUAAAUAAAAUAUCACCUACUUUCUUUGAUCAGUACCGAUAAGUCAGGCAUACACAAAAUCUACUGGUAGCUACUCCUGUAAAGAAGGGAGGGGGAACCAAGCCAGUUCUAUAACAGUGCAAUCCUAUACAUGUCUACUUAGAAAUAAGUCUCAUUGAGUUCAGUGGGACUUGUUCUCAGAGCUACAUUGAUACAGGGUUGCAGCCUUAGCAACAAGUGGCAUUCCCGAUUCAGGAUAAAUCUGUUUGUCUCUUAAGGUGCCAUAAGACAGUUUCUUGUAUUCUCUAUAACUGGAAUACAAGACAACAAAUUAAUUAUCCUAUGUGGUGGAAAGAAACAUCGCUUCUGCCUAUUCUGGUCAAUUUAAAUUGCAAUUUGUAUAAAGAACUAAUGACACCGUUUUUUUAAAAAAAAAUGAAGAAAAGUGGGAUGGGGGAAACUUGAGUUCUGUUAAAUCCACUGCCCUGUACCAUGACCUAUCAUUGGUCAUUUCCCAUUUAACUGCUCCAUGUUAAACACUUCUUUGCCUGAAGACGAGAAAAUUUUCAAAAAGGGAACCUUCAUAUGGCAAUUUGUCACCUUCAUGUUUUUGUUAUCUAAAAGAUGGUCUCUGUUAAUAAGUAUUUAUGACAAUGCCUGUUGUCCAAUAAAGUCAUUCUAUUACUCUUUCAAAA